AUGGCUUGCCUGGAACUCCUGCACCUCUCCAAGGAGGGCAAGCAGUCGGGUCGGUGCCACGACGUGGAUUGGAGUUUGCACACUCUCCCGUGUCAAGGCCAGCCCGACGAAAGUGAGAAGACUCGGACAUUAGCUGUGGCUGCUGAGGGUUCUGUGCGACACUGGAAAGCCACCCAAAAGACAACCGCAGCAGAUCUGGUGCAGGCCCCUGUUCCCUUCACCUCCACAUUGUCCUUGUCCCAGGAACACUCAACAGCAGGUGAUACCAUCUGCUAUCCCAGCCCCUCCAAAGAGGGAAAGGAGGCAGCCCGAAAGAGAGCCUGCUGCUGCGAAUCGGAAACCACCUUCUCUCAUGUGGAUGAAAAUGUCAACAAUCUAGAUCAUGGGAGAAGUCUGGCUGAUAAGUGCUGUUGCCAAGACCAGGAUCUCCUUCCCUACUCUGAUCCAUGUGGAGAGAUGCCCUCGGAGUGGCCCUACGAUCCCCCCUCGUUAGUCUCCGAGGAAGAGGACGACGCUGGCUCGGAAGCUGCUGGAGGGAGCUCUGUAGACUAUGGCUUCAUCAGUGCCAUCUUGUUUCUGGUCAGUGGGAUUUUGUUAGUGAUUGUUUCCUACGUGGUUCCUAGAGAUGUGACCGUGGACCCUAGCACGGUAGCGGCCAGGGAGAUGGAGCGGCUGGAGAAUGAGAGCGCCAAGAUCGGGGCUCACCUGGAUAGGUGUGUGAUCGCUGGGCUCUGCCUUUUAACCCUGGGGGGUGUGGUGCUGUCCUGUCUGCUCAUGAUGUCGAUGUGGAAAGGAGAACUCUACCGGAGGAACAGGUUUGCGUCCUCCAAGGAAUCGGCCAAACUGUACGGCUCCUUCAGCUUCCGAAUGAAAUCCCCCACAAAUGAUAAUAUGGAGUUAUCGUUGGUCGAGGAGGACACUCUCGCCAUAGAUAGUUAG